AUGUGUGACACCGACGCAAUUAUUCGCACAGAUGUUGCAAAUACUAUCAACGAUCGCUUGAAAGAUGCCCUUCAAAUAUUGAAGGAUACUCCAUUGUUUGAAGGAGCUGAUGAAUUUUAUCGAAUGGCCAUCGAAGAAGCUCAAGCGCUAGACAUUCAGAUGGCUAAAGACCAUGAAGUCCUGAGAGAAAUGCAUGAGAAGAACCCCAGAACAGUCAACUUCCAACUCGAAAAAUUGAGAAAGCUAUAUAUUGAUCUAGCAGUUUCUGGUAUCAAGAUGUUCAGAUGUGCUAAAUCCGGCAUGACGCGAACAUGUUCUGCUGCAAUGGCAAAAUUGCGAUCUCGACUUCCACAAUCCAUUGGUUGGUUUCUCACCCUUUCAUUGCCUAUUUUUGCUAUUUAUUUUUACCUUCAACUCCAAUCUGUUAUCGCAGUACUCUAUCCAAGGUUGAGAAGAGUGAAAUGUAAUUACUCGACAUUUGCACAUUCUAAGUGCAGGUAAAA